AUGGGAUUUGUUGAUGAGGACAUACUAUCAGAACCAGACCUCACUGAACCAGACUUGCAAGAUGUCAAUGUUCCCACUGCCUAUAAAGGAGCUAUCACAAGACAAAGAGCUAGGAUAUUACAACACAAGUUCAAUCACAGCAUAAGGCAAGCUACACUCAAGGCAGAGCAAGAGAAGGCUAAAGAAAAGGCAAUUAUGAUCGAGAUACAAGACCAACCGGUUAUUGAAGCCAAUCAACCGGUUAUGGAGGCCAAUCAAAUACAACUUUGGAGUGAUGCAAAUGAGGCCGGACCGAGCUCUUGGAACCAAGAAGAAUGGCCGAUUCUUUCACUUAAAGCCCAAGUCCAAGUCUUCAAGAUUGAAUGGGAAGAAACCGGCGCCUAA